GCCCAGCCGCGGCGUGCCGGUGCAGGGAGCAGCACCCCGAGCCCUGCGCAGUGCCUUCGGUGCGGUCGGUCAGCGCGGCGCCCACCGGGUGCGGUGGGACCCUCGGGCAGCAGCUCCACCAGCCCUGCUGCGUGGUGGCGGGGGCCGCAUGGAUCUGCCGUUCCAGCACAGUGUGGCGAAGGGCUGCGUCUCCAGUGCCGAGCUGAGCAUGAAGCAAACAGCAGCACCCAGACCCGAGAGCCGAUCCCGCUUCCAGAAAGUCUCGCUGGUGUCGCGGCGGCUGGAGCACACGGCAGGAGGGGGGGGCCGGGAUGGCAGCCCCUCCCGCGUCUCCCUGCUGCUGCAGGCCUGGGAGAGGGAGAUUGUGGAGAAGACGGCUCCGGGGCCGAGCACGGUGACGCAGCGCAGCUGUUCGUCCUCCGUCAGCAUCCUGAAGGACUUUGCGGCGCACGGCCCCAUUUUCUCACAGGUCUUCUCACCACGGCGGCGGGAGGAGAAGCGGGAGGAUGACACAGUGCCUGCGCCCCGAGAUGUCCCUGUGCACCGCGAGAGCUACAUGCAUGGCAUGCUGCUCCCCACCGCGCCCCGCUGCCAGCGCUCAACCCGUGACCCCAAGCCCAGGGCCAGGCACGUCACCGUGCUGCGGGAGAGCAGGGAGGCAGAGGAGGGCAGGAAAACUCAAAAUGGUGUGUGCAAAGCCACCACUGUGCCCUCAUCGCAUCAGAAAGGCUGCAAACCGGAUGCCAGUGGCAUCACCAAGAUCACAGCACGUGGCAAAAGCUCACUGAACACCCUGGAUACCAGGGAAUCCUCCAGGGAGAAAUGUUCAACGCCAGAUGAAUCGCAUCAGAAAGGCUGCAAACUGGAUGCCAGUGGCAUCACCAAGAUCACAGCACGUGGCAAAAGUUCAUUGAACACCCUGGAUACCAGGGAAUCCUCCAGGGAGAAAUGUUCAGUGCCAGAUGAAUCCAUGCCCAGUGCAACACCAAGAGGCAGAGACAAACCCCAGGAUCCACAAACCAGUACAGCCAGUGCCCAGUGUCCUCUGGCAGAUCAGUCUGGGGUGAGAGAAGGAGGUGCAGUGCAUAGGGAUGGCUCUAUUUCAGCCACACAGCCCAGGACAGAGAGCUCUGAGGAAGCUGGUGGCACCUCCAAAAACAUCACCAUAGAAGCAAGCAAUGGGACUGAGCCAUUACCUGAUGCACGAGCAUCUCCAAAGGACGCAGAAGUUGAGAUGGAGGAGGGUGAGAUGGUGGAGAAUCACCAGGGUGUGGCCCAAGAUACCCAGAGCAUCCCUGAGCCUCCCAUGGAGAGCACUGAAGAACCCCAACCUGAGAGCAUUGCAAAGCCUCAGCCUGAGAGCAUCCCAAAACCUCAACCUGAGAGUGUCCCAAAACUUCAAUCUGAGGGUGUCCCCAAACCCCAACCUGAGAGCGUCCUCAAACCCCAACCUGAGGGUGUCCCCAAGCCUCAACCUGAGGGUGUCCCCAAGCCUCAACCUGAGAGCACCCCAAAACAUCAAUCUGAGAGUGUUCCCGAACCUCAAUCUAAGAGCAUCUCAAAGCCCCAAACUGAGAACAUCCCGGAGCCCCCCCAUGAGUCCCCAGCCCCACCAUCAGAAAGUCCCCCAGAUGCAUCCGAGGAGGAUCCUGAGCUGGUGGUGGACAUGGAGAUCUUCGUGGACACGCUGCGCAAUAUGGAGCCCUCAGAGAUACGGAAGGCACCCAAGGUUCCGCGCCAGCCCCGGCCCUCAGUGCUGGGUCGCUGCACAGCACUGCCACCCAUCCACGAGGACCGUGUGGCCCCACGUGCCCACAUCUCGCUGCCUGUUGCCCUGCAGGAGCUGCUGGCAUGGGGAGGGGGGGGACAACGAGCUGAGACCCCACCGCAGGGCACUGAGAGCCACGAUGAGGAGGAGGAGAUUGAGAACCCCUACCUGAGCCCUGAGGAGAAGGCACUGAGGAGGGCUCAGAAUGGCAACGGGGAGCUGGGUUCGCUCCUGGGGGGGGCGAUGCAGGGCAGGGCCACGGGUGAGCGCAGUAUUCUGUUCCGAGGGAACGUCCUCAAAGGCAUGGCACUGCUCUCUGACUUCCUGGAGCACCGUUCGGCUGCAGUGGAUGAGGCCAAGCCCUACUCGCGCCUUGACAACAGCAUGCUUUACAGCCGCUUCGUGUCCCCUGCCAGCAUCCACAAUGGCGUCCCCAAUGGUACGGGUGCCAGUGACCAUCCCAGCACUGAGCUGGAAGCAGUGAGUCCUGACCACAUCCCUCCUGUUCCUGAAGAGCCAGAGAGUGUGGGUGCCCCAUAUCACACUGACAUCCCGCAGGAGGACAAGGAGGGCUCUCUGAAGAUAAACACCAGACCUGGCAAGAUCAUCCUCUUCUCUGAGGCCGGCUUCGCAGGGCACAGACGGGAGAUUUGGGGUGAUGUCCCCGACGCUACAUCUUGGGAGCUGUCACACAAAAUCUCCAUCAGAGUCAUCCGUGGCGGGUGGGUGAUGUAUGAGAAACCACGGUUCCAUGGGCGCAAGUGUGUGCUGGCAGAGGGGGAUGUGGAGAUUGACAACCCCUGGAUGGUGUACAGGCAGAGCGAUGAGCCACGUGGCAGUUGGCCCUUCCGCAUUGGCUCCUUCAAGAGGGUGGUGAAGGAUUACCGCGUGCCUGAGAUCAGCCUGUUUGCUGAGGAGAACGGAGAAGGUGCCAGGCUGCAGUUCAGUGACUCGGCUGAGGACACCCGCGUGCAGGGCCAGUCACUCACUGCUUCCUCCAUCAUUGUGCACUCGGGACUGUGGCUGGUUUACUCCAAACCCUUCUUUGACGAUGACCCCUAUGUCCUGGAGCCAGGCGGGUACCCCAACCUGAAGGCUUGGGGAGCAAAGGAUCCAUCCAUCUGCUCCAUGCAUCCCAUAAGGCUGGGCUGCCCGGUGGUGGAGCGUCCUGGUGAGCCACAGGUGCUGAUCUAUGAGGACAUGGGCUUCCAGGGACACAGCUUCAUCAUCAGCCGGGAUAUCUACGACCUAAAGCGCCUGCCUGAACUGCUGCUGCCCACUGUGGGCUCAAUGCGUGUCCUGGGCGGCUGCUGGGUUGGCUACGAGAAGGAGGGCUUCCGUGGCCACCAGUACCUGUUGGAAGAAGGGGAGUACCACGACUGGCGGCAGUGGGGUGGCUACAGCAAGGAGCUGGUGUCCUUACGGCUCAUACGGACGGAUUUCUCUGACCCGGCGCUGGUGCUCUUCGAGGCCACGGACUUUGAGGAGGGUCCCAGCGUGGAGCUGAGUGAGGCACUGCCCGAUGUGCAGCUGGCUGGCUAUGGCACUGUCACACAGUCCAUCCAUGUGCUGAGUGGCGUGUGGGUGGCCUAUGAGGGCCCCAACUUUUCAGGUGAGCAAUACAUCCUGGAGAAGGGAGUGUAUCGCAACUGUGAGGACUGGGGGGCCACCAACUGCUGCAUCACCUCAGCACAGCCCAUCCUGCAGGUUAGGGAGCACAACCUGCACUUUGUCUCCAAGAUCCUGCUCUUCUCGGAGCCUGACUUCCUGGGGGAACACCUUGCCUUUGAGGACGAGCAGAAUGCCCUGCCCGACAGCUUUGUGCCCCGCUCCUGCAGGGUCCGUGGGGGCAGCUGGAUCCUGUUUGACAGCCAGGCCUUCACUGGGGAGCAGCAUGUGCUGUCUGAGGGCGAGUACCCCACGCUGGGUGCCAUGGGCUGCCUCUCCUCCACUACCAUCCGCUCCUUGAAGAAGGUCCCAGUGUUCUUCUCGGAGCCCUCCAUCUUCCUGCAUGGCCUGGAGUGUUUCGAGGGGAAAGAGAUUGAGCUGAACAAUGAAGUACGGAGUCUCCAGGCAGAGGGCUUCAACAACCACGUGCUGUCAGUGCGUGUCAAAGGUGGCAUCUGGGUGCUGUGUGAGCACGGUGACUUCCGAGGCCGCCAGUGGCUGCUGGAGUGCACCGAGAUCACCAACUGGCUGACCUACAGCGGGCUGCAGCACGUGGGGUCCCUCUACCCCAUCCGUCAGAGACGGAUCUAUUUCCGCAUCAGGAACAAGGAGCUGCAGCUCUACCUGUCUGUCCCUGACGAUGUGGAGGACAUGAAAGCAGGGCGCGUGGUGGUCUCCAGCCUGAGUGAGCAGAGCAACUCUGUCUGGUACUAUGAGGAUGGGCUGCUCAAAAACCAGGUUGCCCCCACCAUGAGCCUGCAGGUCAUCGGACCAGCCGGGAAGGGAGCAAAGGCUGUGCUGUGGUCCGAAACCCGGAUGCCACGUCAGACCUGGAGCAUUGAUUCUCAGGGACGGAUCCACAGCCAGAUGUUUGAGGACAUGAUCCUCGAUGUAAAGGGCGGCCGAUCAUAUGACCGGGACCAUGCCAUCAUUUGUGAGGUGGCUGAGGAACGACCCACGCAGAUCUGGGAUGUACAGGUGCUAUGAGCAGGGAGCAUGUGGCCCUGGUGCCAACAAGUGUCACAGAGAAGGACAGGGACACCCUGCAGUGGUGGGAGCUGCCUCCUGCCCUGCUGCCCUGGCAACUGCUGCCAUGAAGGAUGCCAUGACCACCUCCAUUGCCCACCUCCCUCCUGGAGCACCACAGGCACACAUGCUGCUGACCGCUGUGGGAUGCUCUGAGAGCAACAAGGCAGAGCCUUUUCCCUACCCCAUUCCCCUCUCUGAACUGUAUUUAUGUACGUGUGUAAGAUACGGCCCCACUCGAGGGGGUCAGCCCUG